GUCGUGUUGGCAACAGGGGUUAUGCCCCGAUAACUUUUAAACUACUUCGAUGUGAUAUUUGAUCUACUGAAUGAAUUAAGUCAGUUUAAAACUGUCAAACUCUUCUGCCAAACUUUAAAUAAAAAACUAAUUAAAACUUUUGUUCACAGUGUGUUCGUGUUGUUUGAAAACAUUAAAAUGAAGUUGAAUGUUAUUUGCAGAACGUGCUUACUGGAAAAAGCGAAUAUGAGACCAUUAUUUGAGGCUUGUGUACCAAAUAUGUUAAUGUCUUGCACUUCUAUACAGGUCAUGGUAAAUGAUGGUCUACCAGAUAAAAUCUGCACCCAAUGCCUGCUGAGUAUUAAUAAAGCAUACACUUUUAAACAACUAUGUGAAAAGUCUGAUGUAACUUUAAGGGAGUAUUUGCAGCUGCAAAACAUGCCUUUAACUACAGAUAAUCUUAUAAAUAGCAUUAAAACAGACCAAUUCUUUAAUGCAAAUGAGGAUUUGCAACAGUCCUCAAUUUUUCAAGAUAUCUUUAACGAAACUACACAUUCUUUAGUGGACAAUUUUGCCAGUCAAAAUAAUAGUACAGUUGUUUCAGAUUUGGCUGAGACAGUUCAAAGUCUUCAAAUAAUUGCUGAGCAAUGCCUUCCCGAUUCAUGGGAUGGUGAUCCUCAGAUUGUUAAUUGCAAUAAUACAUUGUCUUCAACACAAAACUCUUUUGCAUUUGAUCUUUAUAAGUGUAAUUUUUGUGGGGAGUCAUUCAAAGAUGAUUGGACGUUAAAUGAGCAUAUUAAAAAUCAUUCUGUGCAAAAUAAGUAUUCAGAUGAUUUGGAGGGAAGCCUUUUAGCGCAUGAUUUGCAUAAAAAUUUUCAAGUUCACUCUCCUAAAUUGUAUGAGAAGUCAGUUAUGUGCAAUAUUUGUGAUAGAAUAUUUGUUGACGAUAAAAUCCUUAAGAAACAUUUAAGCGACAUCCAUUUAAUUGAGGAUCCAUUGUGUAAUGACAUAGAGAAAAAAUUUUCCUGUAAUAUUUGUGGAAAAAAAUACAAACACAAUAAAAAUUUACUGGUCCACAUAAGAACAAAACAUGUUGGUGAACAUUCGUAUAAAUGCGAAAUUUGCAGUCGCACUUUUGCCCUGGCAAGUUCCUUGUACAAACAUAAAUUACUGCACAGUGGCGAAAAAAAAUAUUCCUGUCAAAUAUGCGGGAAAAAAUUCAGACAAUCUUCAAACCUAAAUAGUCACCUCAAAGUACACUCUGGGGUAAAAAAUCACAUUUGCACAGUCUGUAAUAAGGCAUUUUCAACUGCCAGUACUUUGGGUGUGCACAUGAGAACUCAUACUGGUAUUAAGCCUUAUUUAUGCAGUUCUUGUGAUAGUUCUUUUACAAGUGCUACGGAAUUAAAGAAACAUUCCAUGAAACACACUGGUGAAAAACCCUAUUCGUGUUGGCAGUGCGGUAAAUCUUUCAGCAGGAAAGAAACGAGAGAUACGCAUUUAAGAUAUCAUACAGGGGAGAGACCGUAUACUUGCAGCAUGUGUCCUAAAAAGUAUAUUGCCGCAAGUCACCUAAGGAGCCACAUAAAAUCACACAAUAACGAAAGAAAGCAUCAGUGCAUGGUUUGCAUGAAGAAAUUUGGUGAAAUGAAAACGUUAAAGAAACACGAACUGACCCACCUGGAAACCGCCGAAAAAAAUGAAUUUUCCUGUAAUUUUUGUGGGGCUGAUUUUAAGGAAUCUUGGGAAUUAAUUGAGCAUCUAAAACAUUGUGGAAUACCCACUUAAGCGGACCGUCAGAGUCAUCAGUGUAUACUUUAAAAUUAAUAAAACAGAAAUCAAACAGCAAAUUAACGUAUUACUUAAAUCAAGACAAUUUGCACUCUAUCGAAAACUUGGACGAAUUUAAAGUUGUUUUUACCACUGAACACCGCUUAACCACGAUUUUUACAUUUUUAAGUCAGGAAAAUGAAGCUAGAAAUAUGGCAUUUAGAGAUCUAUUGGAGCUCAGUACAGAUGAUGCAUUUAUUAGAGAUAUGUUUCUAUACAAUAAACACAUUGAAUUAAUGGAAAUGUUCAUCAAAGAUAACGAUAUGAAAAAUAACGAAAUUGAGGCAUGUCUCUUAAACUUUGCCCAUUUAUUCAAAAUGGGUUUUAUUGAUACUGUGGAACCGAACAUUUUGGAUAAAAUGUUAAAAAUUGCCAAAAAUGAAGAUUACAGUAUUGGCGAGGACAGAUACAGCAAUGCCUGUAUAAAAUAUUCCUUGAUGGUUCUAAGGAAUAUUUUAAUUAAUAGAAACGGUGUUUUCAAUGAUUGGAAGCAAAGGAUCAUCAAUGAACUAAGUUUCAGUUUGUUCUUGAGAUAUAUUAAUGAUGAAUCGUAUGAUGUUGUGAAAUUUGACGCCUUAAGAAUGAUUAAUACAUUUUUAAAAGUGUACAAAAAAUUAACGUUAAUCAAAGAAAUAAACCAGAAGAAAAAUAGAGAAUUUAUUUUUAAUCGUUUUAUUAAAGAUGGGAAGCUCGAUUCUGAUACAGAGCAUGAAUUAUAUGUUUGUCAGACCUAUCUAUUAAGUUUAUACUCGGAUGCUUUAAAUGGAGUAGUAAAACCAAAUGGUUUAUUAGAUGAAUCAGAAAAAGUUGAUGAUGACAUAAUUAGAACAAGUUUUGUAAAUGAAUAUACUGAAGAAAAUAAUUCUGGGUUUCAAAUGGAUACAUUGAGUUUGAGUGGCAAUAAAAUUUCCAGAUAUUCUAUUACCUCAGUUCUAUCUGAAAGUUCAAGAAAUUCAUCAUACAUUUGCAACAUUGAAAACCUAGAAACUGACAUUGUUCAAAUAACUAUUUUGACUUUUGAGUGUUUGAGCUAUUGUAAAUCAAAAUGUUAUUCUUUAUUUAAACAAUCAUGCGCUGAAGAAAACAAAUACAAACCUGGUAUAUUCACCUCCAGUGACAUAAUAGUAAAAAUGCUGUGCCACUUACUCCACGUUGGUAAAAAUCCUGACAAAUCCGAAACGACUUACCAACCUUUAGUUUACUGCAGCAACAAAAGUCCAUUUUUUAUGGAACUUUUUUGCAGAACUUUGAGUUUGUUAUCAAGAACAAGAAGAGAAAUGAAAGCCACAAGUCUUGCAGAUUAUACAAAAGUUAUGAGGGUCGUUAAUGAACAAAUUCGAAUGGUCUUGGAGACAAAGCCAAUGAAUUUUAAGGAAUUGCAUAACGCAGUUACCAACAGCUCCGUUAUUCAAGUUUUUAAACAUUGGGAGAAUAAAGAAAAUAAACAUCUAGCCAAUCUUAUAAACUAUCAUCCUUGCAUUCAAGAACUAAGGGAGAAAUUUUCCAAAAAUAACAGGAAAUACGUUUUAAGGCAAAGAUUUAUCUUUAUGCACAAAAAAACUAGAAUGCAACGAGUAUUGAGUGGAACAAGGAGGCCAUUUUUUAAAUUAUCCCAUGUUAUUGUAUACCUAUCGGACAACAACAAAGAAAUACACAUUAGUGAUGUCACUCCAGGAAAAAAAGAAAUAAAAUGUAAAACGGUUACAACAAUAAACAUUAAAGAUGUCGCAAAUCUUGCUCAUGGUAAAAAUUGUGAGCAAUCUGUUGAAUGUUCAUCAGAUGCACUAAAAGCUUUUAGUUUAAUAAUGGAGGAUUACACAAAAAUUCUACUAAUUGCAAACAAUAAAAGAGAUGCUUCAUAUUGGAUAGAUGGCUUAUCUAUUUUAACAAACUCAGAUAAGGAAACUGAUUUAUUUAAAGAAGAACUCAAAACUUUAGUGGAUAUGGAUGUAAGGUUAAGUUUACUGGAUUUACAAAAUGUACCCAUACCAGACAAAGCCCCAAAAGUUCCACCUUUACCAGAAACUCCACCAAUUCCAAGAGUUCCACCCAAGUCCCCUGUGUUAGUGAAUAAUUUGUCAAACAGAUUUUCCAUUGCAAACACAAUAAAUAUUUGAGUAUU